CAUCCCUUUGUGCUCACUGAAUAAUGAAAGACCAGAUGUAGUGGUUGCAAUGAUGUGGUGCGGGGGGUUAGGUGCGGUUCAUUAGUAGCAGGAUCAAUAACAUCAUCAUUCUUUUCGUCAUUAACAGCAGCAGCACCAGCAGCCACAAAUGCCAAGGUACAUGACGCAGGUCGUCAUUGAUAUUUUUAGUAUCUUGCAGGGAAUUAUAUGGGUAGGUCCUUCCCUUCCUUCUCCUAGCCAUGGUUGCCAGCGCGGAGAAUCUCCGAGAAAGGCAACACACUGGUCGUUGCCAUGUACGAGGGUCUUCGUUGUCAGUCUCCUUGAUUGUUAUGGAAUAACGGUGCCGACUGCCUGGCCAUUGAUCACUUUCCUCCUUGUCUCAUUGAGUGGCCUUCCGCACCGACGUCCAGACCACAGCUUGGUGCGCUGACACCAUCUUACCCAAAACCUCAAUAAAUACUGUUCGCAAGGCCCGUAGACAUGCGGGUGGUGGCGGCAGCGUGUGUGUGGUUGGCACUGUGGGCAUGGGCAAGCAUGCUUCAGGGUUGGGCUGCCGCUGGUGCGGAGGAAAUGCAGUGGCGGCGCGUGGUUGUGGAAGAGUCGUGGUUCAAGAAAAGCGUCUUACAGACAUCGCAGCAGCUGUCGUCCGUGACGCUGUGCGGCGCGGCGUGCAUGCGGCACGACUGGUGUCGCCUGUGGUGCCGCACCGCGCCCACCCACUGUCUGCUCACCUCCCUCAUCGUGUCAGGCUCAUACCAGCCUUCGGAGGCUCACGACGCCCUCACCUGCUACACCAGCAGGGAGUCGGAGAUGGCAUUCGGCGCCAACAUUACGUCUUCUCCUGGACUCGAUUAUGGGUUACCGAAGAACCUCGUGGGCGGUGUCUACACGAACCACUUUCGCAGCUCCUCCCUUGUAACUUCUGCAACUGAAUCUGGUGGUGCCUGGUUCCUGGUGGAUCUGGGUGUCAGCCGCACCAUCUCUGAGGUACUGCUGAUACCUCAUCUGCGCUCAGGGACGACUUCUAAACGGUUCCAGGACAUCGAGGUGAAGGUCGGGGACGUUCAAGAAGCCGGCAACUUUACCUCCUACACACUGCUGGGGACGUUCAAGGGCCCGGGAAUGGACGGUCAGGAGGUGACGCUACGCCCGCACGCUUCCAUCACGGGCCGCUAUGUCUCCAUACAAAGGACUUCUUCAGGAUACCUUCAGAUUGGCCACCUUGAGAUUCGUUGAGAGCUGAUCACCAAAACUUUUCUCGCCCGUCAGCAUGGCAGCGCUGAGUGUGACAGGGAACACCGGGCGGCGGCCGCUGCGUUGUGCCGCCGCCCACCAGCACCACGUCGCACCAGUCCUGCCGCUCAGCCCUGCGCCUCAGUACCUUGCAAGUCCGUGCGCCCCUUGUCGUGCCGUGACGCGUGCCCGCACUGCUCCCGCCGCCCCUCACCGCCAAACACUUGUAUUUGUGAUGACACUUGUGACACUUAUAACGCCUUCGUGGUCUAGUGGUUAGCGUGCCUAGCUAUGAAUCUGCAGGCACGGUUUCGAAUCCCGGCCGGGCAGUCGGCGUGUAGCUCACCCAGCUGUUCAUCCUCCCUUUCGGGCUAGUAAGUAAAUGGUAACCUGGGGAAACCCGGUGAAGGCAAACAGUGGUAACCCGGAUGUCACACUGGCUCUGUGUCCCGAGGUAAUGUUUUUUACCCACCACAUGUUCAAGGGCCAGUGCGACAGAGACGAAUACCGAGGUCACGCGCAGCUGUAGCGUAUGCACCAAACUUUAUUAUUUACCUUGUGAUUCGUGCUUGUAGAUGCUUUCACUUUGCCGCCUCGGUGUCUGUAGGACGUGUCCCCGAGGCGUGGGUACUACUCCAAUUAGAACGCGCUAUGUCGAGAAAACAGCAACUGAAAAAUUGGACAAAGGUACAAAAACAGCUGUUGUGAAAAUACAGAUCGAUCAUCGUCACUUAUUCUGACAACAUUUUAUCUCUGUACUCACCUUUAUCCUCCCGAGAUCGCAUUUUUUUUACUGAUUGCCAGACACUAAACUCUAACAACCAAUACAGUAAAGACAAGGAAUAUAUAGAAUUGCUUGUGCAUUGUAAACCGUACUGUACAUAUUCUUUUAUUGUCCUUGAUAUGUCAUAUU